CUCUUUCUCUCUCUUUGCGCUCACUCUGUCUGUGUGUGUGUGGCAGCUGGCGCUCUGUUGCUCGGCUCCAGCUCACUGCUAAGCAAUGGCGCUGCGGGCUGGCCACUUCUCCUUCGCCCCUCGGUGUCUGCUCGCGGUGGCAGUGCUGUUGCUCGCAGGCGGACCGCAGUUGGCUCGAUCAUGCCCCAGUCGCUGCUUGUGUUUUCGGACAACCGUGAGAUGUAUGCAUUUGAACCUGGAAACCGUGCCAGCCGUGUCUCCGCAGACCACCAUUCUAGAUUUAAGAUUCAACAAAAUCAAAGAUCUGCAACCAGGUUCCUUCAGACGCCUCAAAAACCUCAACACCCUCCUCCUUAACAACAACCAUAUACGAAGAAUCCCAAGAGGAGCAUUUGAAGACCUGGAAAAUCUCAAAUAUCUCUAUCUGUACAAGAAUGAAAUCCAAUCAAUUGACAGACAGGCAUUUAAGGGGCUUGUCUCUCUUGAGCAACUAUACCUGCAUUUCAACAACAUUGAAUCUUUGGAGCCAGAAUCCUUUGCUCACCUGCCAAAGCUGGAGCGCCUAUUUUUACACAACAACAGAAUUACCCAGCUGGUUCCAGGGACAUUUUCUCAUCUCCAAGCCAUGAAGAGACUACGACUGGACUCCAAUGCCUUAAACUGUGACUGUGAGCUGCUAUGGUUAGCCGAUCUGCUCAAACAAUACGCUGAAUCAGGAAAUGCACAGGCUGCUGCCACCUGUGACUACCCCAGUCGACUGCAGGGCCGAUCGGUCGCUACUCUCACCGCAGAGGAGCUCAACUGUGAGGUACCCAGGAUCACAUCAGAGCCACAGGAUGUUGAUGUUACAUCAGGGAACACCGUCUACUUCACCUGUCGGGCCGAAGGCAACCCAAAACCGCAAAUCAUCUGGCUCAGGAACAAUAAUGCUCUAAACAUGCGUGAGGACCAUCGUCUGAAUUUGCUUGAAGAUGGGACUCUCAUGAUCCAGGACACCAGAGAGACUGACCAGGGAGUCUAUCAGUGCAUGGCCAAAAAUGUGGCAGGGGAGGUCAAGACGUCCCAAGUCACACUGAGAUAUUUUGGAGCUCCUUCCCGACCUAGUUUUGUGAUCCAGCCUCAGAACACAGAGGUGCUGGUUGGAGAGAGCGUCACUCUUGAAUGCAGUGCCACAGGACAGCCUCAGCCUCGUGUCACCUGGACCAAGGGAGACAGGACACCCAUACCCAGUGACACCCGAAUCAACAUCACCCCAUCUGGAGGCCUGUUUAUUCAGAACGUGGUGCAGGCUGAUGGGGGCCAGUAUACCUGCUUCGCCUCUAAUAACGUGGACACUAUACACGCCACUGCCUACAUCAUUGUUCAAGCCAUCCCACAGUUCUCGGUGACACCACAGGACCAGUCUGUGUUGGAGGGCCACACAGUGGACUUUCCCUGUGAAGCCACAGGUUACCCUCAGCCUGUUGUUGCCUGGACGAGAGGAGGCAGUCCCUUACCCAUUGACCGACGCCACACGGUGCUAUCCACAGGCACUCUGCGCAUCACUCGUGUGGCCGCUCAUGACGAGGGCCAGUACGAGUGUCAGGCUGUCAGCCCUGUGGGAACUGUUCGCACCGCAGUGCAGCUCAGCAUUCAACAGAGAGUAACGCCUGUUUUCACAAAUGCUCCAAGGGAUCUGACGGUGGAGUCUGGCCAGGAUGUCCAGAUCCCCUGCAGCGCUCAAGGCCAGCCACAACCUGUGCUCACAUGGAACAAGGACGGUGUACAAGUGACAGAAAGUGGAAAGUUUCACAUCAGCUUAGAUGGUUAUCUCGAGGUUAAAGAUGUGGGCACCGCUGAUGCUGGACGCUAUGAAUGCAUAGCUCGCAACUCUAUUGGCUACCAGGUGGCCAGCAUGGUGCUAACUGUCAUAGUUCCCCCUGUAAGCAGAGAGGGAGAUACAUUUGUUAGCACUUCAAUUCAGCAGGCCAUAAGAAAUGUGGACAGUGCCAUUGAGUCCACAAGAAGACGCCUUUUUGAUGGUCAACCUCGCACUCCAGGGGAGAUCCUCGCUCUGUUCCGGUAUCCUCGUGACCCCUACACUGUGGAGCAGGCCCGAGCCGGAGAAAUCUUUGAGCAAACCCUGCUGUUAAUCCAGAACCAUGUCAACCAGGGCCUUAUGGUGGAUACCAAUGGCACAGCCUUUCGCUACAAUGACUUGGUGUCCCCUCGGUUCCUGGAUAUGAUCGCUAACCUGUCUGGCUGCACAGCCCAUCGCCGUCUGAACAACUGUUCUGACAUUUGUUUUCAUCAGAAGUAUCGCAGCCAUGAUGGGACCUGCAACAACCUUCAGCACCCCAUGUGGGGUGCCUCUCUUACUGCUUUUGAGCGUCUCCUUAAACCGGUCUAUGACAAUGGCUUCAACUUACCCAGAGGAGCCAUGGAGCGCCCGCACAAUGGAUACAGGUUACCUCUGCCCAGGCUGGUCUCUACCACUAUGAUUGGCACAGAGACGAUUACCCCUGACGACCGCUACACCCACAUGCUCAUGCAGUGGGGGCAAUUCCUCGACCAUGACUUGGACGCCACAGUUGCAUCUCUGAGCCAGUCCCGCUUUUCGGAUGGACAGCUGUGCGCACAAGUCUGCACAAAUGACCCUCCAUGUUUCCCCAUCCAAUUUCCUCCCAAUGACCCGCGCCAGAUCCGCAGUGGUGCCCGCUGCAUGUUCUUUGUGCGCUCCAGCCCUGUGUGUGGCAGUGGCAUGACCUCGCUCCUCAUGAACAGUGUGUACCCCCGAGAGCAAACCAAUCAGCUCACAUCUUACAUCGACGCCUCCAAUGUCUACGGGAGCUCUCGCCAUGAGUCUGAGGAGGUCCGCGAUCUGGCCAGCCACAGGGGGUUGCUGCGCCAAGGGAUUAUCCAAAGAACAGGGAAACCUCUGCUGCCCUUUGCCACUGGACCUCCCACUGAGUGUAUGAGGGAUGAAAAUGAAAGCCCAAUCCCGUGUUUCUUGGCUGGGGACCAUCGGGCCAAUGAGCAGCUCGGCCUGACUGCCAUGCACACAGUGUGGUUUAGGGAGCACAACCGAAUUGCCACAGAGCUGCUAAGACUCAACCCACACUGGGAUGGGGACACCAUUUACCAUGAGGCCAGGAAGAUCGUGGGGGCCCAAAUGCAGCAUAUCACCUAUAACCACUGGCUGCCAAAGAUAUUUGGAGAAGCUGGUAUGAGGAUGAUGGGACAGUACACUGGUUAUAACCCAAAUAUUAACGCUGGCAUCUUCAGUGCUUUUGCUACUGCCGCAUUUCGCUUUGGGCACACGCUCAUCAACCCGAUCCUGUACAGGCUAGAUGAGGACUUCCAGCCUAUCCCACAGGGUCACCUCUCUCUGCACCGGGCCUUCUUUUCACCCUUUCGUAUUGUGAACGAGGGGGGCAUCGAUCCCCUCCUGCGCGGCCUCUUUGGAGUCGCUGGUAAAAUGAGGGUCACCACACAGUUACUGAACACAGAGCUGACUGAGAAGUUGUUCUCCAUGGCUCAUGCGGUGGCCUUGGAUCUCGCUGCUAUGAACAUCCAGAGAGGGAGAGACCAUGGCAUAUCUCCUUACAAUGACUUCAGAACAUUCUGUAACCUGUCAUCAGCACAGACAUUUGAAGAUCUUAGAAAUGAGAUCAAGAAUCCUACUGUGAGAGAAAAGCUGCAAAGAUUGUAUGGCACCCCUCUUAAUAUCGACUUGUUCCCGGCGCUGAUGGCAGAGGACCUAGUUCCAGGCAGCAGACUGGGGCCGACCCUCAUGUGUCUGCUUGUGACGCAGUUUAAACGAGUACGAGAUGGUGACAGGUUCUGGUAUGAAAACCCCGGUGUGUUCACCCCUGCACAGCUGACUCAGCUGAAACAGGCCUCUCUGGCCCGAGUGCUGUGUGACAAUGGAGACAACAUCACGCGCGUCCAACAGGACGUCUUCAGCGUGGCUGAGCUCCCUCAUGGUUUCGGCAGCUGUGAGGACAUUCCUCAUAUCGACCUGCGAAUGUGGCAAGACUGCUGUGAAGACUGCAGGACCAAGGGCCAGUUUAAUGCCCUUUCGUACCACUUUAGGGGACGCAGAUCAGCAGAGCAUAGCUACAAUGAGGACAAGCCUGUUGACAGCCCAGUGGGGUCAUCACUAGAGAGUGCUGAAAAUGUUACUGCGAAAGCACAAAAAACAACUCAACCUACUGUUACUGAUUUCCAAGACUUUGUCUCCGAAAUGCAGAAGACUAUUACAAGUUUACGAAAGCAGAUAAAGCGACUUGAAGCCCGUCUGAGGAGGACUGACUGCACUGACAGUGAGGGGCGAGAGCGAGCAGAUGGAGAACAGUGGAAACAGGAUCCCUGCACCACCUGUGAAUGCACAGAUGCUCAAGUGACCUGCACUGUACAGUCCUGCCCACCAGCUCAAUGCAAACAUCCUGUGAAGCUCAAAGGGGCCUGUUGCCCCAUGUGCCUUCAACAGGAAGACAACAGGCACAUUUGAAAUGAGGACACCUUCGUCCAGUUUAGUGACUGACAGUCAAUCGCAGACGUCCAGUGAGAUACAGACUCCAAGGUGUGCUCUAAUGCCACAGCCUUGAUUGACCCAAUAGCCUCACUUGUUUUCAUUAUGCAUUACUCUCUUUGGUUCGAGAGGGUCUGUUGUGGCCCCCUCCAGGGCCAGCAGCCUGGAGCCUGGUUUGGAUCUGCUGGCAACAAGCCAACCAUGGCUAAAAGGAUUUAUCUCUGAACUGAUGGCUGGAUGGAUGACUGGGCAAAUUGUAAACCCCAGAGACAAACCUCUUCUCUUCGAGUCCCCUGAGGCUUCUGAAGUGAAACAAACAGCCACUGUGUUUGCUCAACAUUCCCCACAACGCAGAGGCCAGUCGCCGUUCACAGGAAAGGGAAAAAGAUGACGAGGCCACCAUUUUGUUGACUCUCAAAAUCUUCUCAGGUCAGAGAUGCAGAAAACUGGUGCUAUUUUACCAUUUUCUAAUCAUUUUAUUCAUAAUGCAUACCUUAAGUAUUUUUGUGUACAAGCCACAUUAUAUUUACAUGCCGCAUAUGCCUUUUUGCAAGAGAAAAGGACUGUUUAUUUUAUCUUCAGGAUAUUUUCUGAAAAGAGUUACUUUAACUUUUUAUCAAAGGUGCUUUAAAACAUGUGAUUUGCCACAUGUGUUGCCUCCCAUUUUGUACAAAAUAUUUGUGUAUGAAGUAAUGUGAAGCCCUACAAAAAUGCAAAAAGUCUACUGAUGCUUGUUCUGUACUUCAUAGACCACAUGUCAGUUUAGUUGUUAUGUGUGCUGGUCUGUCCUGGUUUGACUGAGGUGGACCAUGUGGCGCCCCCUGUCUGAAGGACACCAGUUCUUGCACUGUCAUCCUCAUUGUAGAUUAUUUUAUUAAAAUGGUGUAGAACAAAAUGAUGUGACCACUUAAAGCCAAACGUUUAGUUCAAAAAGCACAUGUGUCGUGUAUCUAUAAAACAACAUGAAUGUUGCAAUAGGGUCAGGGUUAGCCUUUGCUGUUGCUAACUUUACCACAGCAGUAUUUUCUGGCUGUAUCAGGAACAUUUCAUUCUCUUAUUGACUCAUCCAUUCUGUGAAGACUUGCAGUAUCGGUUUAGCAGGACUACUUCAUGCUUUCCUUUCCUACGCCUUCAUAUGGUGUAUUGCUUUUAAAUAUUUUCACACGUGUGUUUAGUCACUUUCCUCUUGCAGGGACAUCUGCAGUGUCGAUAUAGUUUAGGAAUGCUCAGCCCACAACAUAAUUUCUUUGCAUGUUAUACUUUUUAAACCCAGGUGACGUCAUGUAUCCAGGCAUGUGUGGAGCGCAGCCCUCUGACCUUCAUUCCGCUGUAAUGGAAGCCAUAUGAAAGGGGAAGCGAGGGUGAUGUUGGGGGAGGAACAAUGAUUGGGAUUGUCAAAUUAAAACAAGGCUAGACACACUUUGAAUGGAGCACUACCUCCUGUCAGCCACUUCUGUUGAUGUACAUUUUAUACAUUCAUGCACUGGUUUACCUCAUGUAACACAACACACAUUUAUUACCUUCAAAUUGUUGUGAAAUGGCUGCAUCACUUCUGUUCCAUUGUUUUCAUUAUGUGGUCAUGUCCUGUGCAAGUUCACAUACCCACAACAAGUCUCUGGUUAAUUUUCCACUCUUAACUCUUAACAGACUGCAAAACUAGCAAGAUUAUAUAUGUUCCUAAUGUACUCUUCAAACAUCGUCCAUCACAUGUCCUAGUAUGACAGUGUUUUGCUUAGGCCUGUAUGAGAAUGUCAUCUCUAGGUUAAAUCCAUUUGAACUGAGUUUUCCAUGUUCUGGUUACAAAAGCACUGUGAGAUGUCUUUGUCACUUGCUGUCAAAACCUAUUUUUGUUGAAUUAGCUUUUUUAUUUUCCUUACCCACCCCUCCUCUGGAUUAUCUCUGUAGUAUGUGUUAAUGGAAUGCACUGCCUUGCAAGACUGAACAUGCUUUACUCACACUGUCCCAGAACAAGCGGUCAACGAGGAUAUGAAAUUACCUAUCUUUUGUAUUGUUUGUUUGCCAAAGAAUGGAUUGCACUGUAAAGUCUCUCAACAGUAAUAAAAAAUAAAUAAGCCAUGGCUCACUAUAAA